AUGAAUAACGACACUUUUUCUAAUAGUAUUAGAAGAUAUAUUUUGGAAGGCGACAAUGAAGACAAGGACAUGAAUAUUGAUGUUGAUGCUGACAUUAAUCUGUUUGAGAUUACCAAAUUCAACUAUAGAACAUUAUUCGAUAAACGUAUGAAUCAAAAUAUCAGCCAUACAGAAAUGGUGUUUAAAUUUUUUGGAAUUGAAAGUAUAUCUGACGUGGAUUUGGAUCCUCAAAGUCAAAAAUUGUACUUUAAAGAUCACCCUGAUGAGUGGAAGGAAUUAUUCAUCUUUUUUUGUGUUAUGCCAUUUACUGAAUAUGAAUUUGAAGGACCUGAUGGAAGUUCACUAAACCCUGAUACCCUACGUAAGGCCAGUCUGAGCCAAGCUACUGACAACAUUCUAAUUCGGACUUUUUCGGAUAUAGAGUUUGAAUCAUUNAAUGAGGAGAUUCCGGAAAGCAGAUUCGCAAAUAACUUGCAAUGUAUUUUGAGAACAGACCUAUUCUCUAAUACGUUUAGCGAGGAUCAAAGAAAAAAAGUAAUUACAAAUUUGCUCUAUGUUGGUCUUCAAUCAAAGCAUAAACUUGUUAAGCAUAUUCGAUCAAAGGCAGAAUUUACNUAUAGAGAUAAUUUCAAACAAUACUUAUUUAAACCUAUAAGUGAAUAUGUUGCAGCUUUAUUGGCCUUUGAAAUUGAGGUUGAAGAAGACAACGCAGAAGGUCAGACUGGAGUUCAUACUAGAGUACCGCAUCAAACUAAUGAUUUAUUUCAAUCGCAUCCGGAUAUUGUGGCUUAUGCGGAAAAAUUACACUACCGAUCGUUAGCUAUAGUGGAAGUCAAAAAAUUACCACUUUUAAAGGGCGGCAAAGUGAUAAACUUNAAUGACCCAAAAAUGGUUAGAUUCUUUGUUCAACUUGUCGCAGAAAUGUUUUCUAACCACACAAGUAAAGGCAUGCUAACAGAUUCUUAUACAACAAUAUUGGCUGAAAUAGAUAUCGAGAGAACUUUGGAUANAAUCAACCAGGAUACCGAGAGAUUGAAUGAUGAAAAACCUAUCGCUCUAAAUUAUAAAUUGUUAAAUUGUCAAUCAUCUGGCCUUACGUUGAGAGGUGGCCUUAUUUCAUACAUCUAUGAGGCUUUCCUGGUGAAUGAGCCUCGAGUCGCUGAAAUUACGAGAGGAAUGGAUGCUAUUUAUAAGUUUAUUCGNAAGACAGAUGAAGAGUACUUAACGAACUUGGAUGAACUAGCAUCGAAAGAUAAGAUACCGUUCAUGGAGUACUGCAUCAAUGCAAUUGAAAAUCACGAUCGAGAAUCAGAAAAAAGAGAAAGACUUUUUAUAACAGAAAUUGGACUAGGAAACUUUGACGAUAUCGACGUGCAAAGCGGGUUCACGUUUAAUACCCAACUCUUCAAAGUGAACACGAAGAAUGUAAUGGGCUUUUUAAGGGGGGUCAAUGGUCACAAUCAAUUAAUUGUGAAGGUCUUUGAUCCCAUCAAAGCGAAAAGAGACCAUAAGGAUUACCAAGAUAAACAAACUGAUAUUUUCGGCGCAUGUCGCAGGGCGUACCUGUGCGAGAAACUUGCAUACGAAAAGUUGUCAAAUAACUUCUUGUUUAAUAGCGUUUAUGUUGACCAGAAAUGCGUCUUUGGAACUUUCAAUAUCGGUAAGCAUUAUCAUGCAUUGGGCCCAUUUCUCAUAUUAAAAUAUAUAGAACAAGGAGAAGAAGAAUAUGAUCGNUUGCCCAAAGAUAGGGCGACGUACGAAAAAGCCGAAAAGCAGUUGGAAAUAAUUCACAGUGUCGGAAUAAUACAUGGAGAUAUUUGUGAACGGAAUAUUCUUUACUCAGAUGGAAAGAUAUAUUUUAUUGAUUUUGGAUAUUCUGAUUAUUUUCACGAUAAGAAGGGUUCGCGACCAGUUAGUGCUAAUGCUGAGAGAAGGAAAAGCGAACAUAGGAAAUUGUGUAGAGUGUUUAAUCAGUUAAUUCCGGAAAAGUAUGAAGAUUCGAAGAAUGAGGGAAACUAG